GGUAAUUGUCUUAUUAUGCAAUUUAAAUAUGGCGCUAUUUCUGUUGGUAUUUUAGUAUGUUUCUUGAAUUGCUAGAUGGCACAAAAUUUCUUUUCUGUCGGUAUAUUAGUUGCCAAUAAUACCGAGUAAAUACGUAUAAUUUAGUUUGACAUAUUCGAGAUUGCAACAGUAAAAUUAUUAUUUUAAUAAAAUAUAUCAAAAAUAUUAUGUUUACUCCGUAGGAGGGAAGAUUAAAAACAAAAUAAUACAAAUUCCCGUACUAACAAUUGUAAUAUUGCAAUCACAAUAGUCAACAUCUAGUAAUUUUUUUGCUAGGAAUUUGUACUUAAUCUUUAGUAAUUUGUCUACUGUAGUAUAUAUUUACAUAUAACAAAGAUAUGUUGUUAGCGAUACAUAUACGAUUCCUUUUUGGUUAAGUAAUGUAUGAAUCACAUACAUGUACGAAUGAAUGUAUAUGUAGGUAUUUUCUUACGAUAAAACGUAUGAGGAUGAAACAGGAAGAUACAGAAUGAUAUAAAUUGACAUUGCAGUGAAGUGAAUGUCUAUGUACAAAUAACGUUAUAUGUAUAAAUUGCAUUUCAAAUAGUUUUCUAAUUGGUGUAUUUAUAAAAAAUCUGGGAUAUUUUGAAGUGAUAAUAUUACACAAUUUUAAUCUGAAAAACAAUUCAUGCAAGAUGAUUGUAUCUGCUAAACAAAGGCUUUUUUUAUUAAGUUUUUGUUUUAUAUUAAUGCAUACAAGUACAGCACUUAACAAAUAUUCUGCUAAAGCAAAUAACCCUAAGGUUGAUGAUGUUUUGGAAUUUCCCAUGUCAUUACGAGAAUUAGAUAAACCAUUUCGAAUGUCAAAAUUAAAUAUACUUUGGGUAAAAGCAAAAAACCGUUUGACAGAUGUUAAAUUACAAUCGCUAUUUAGUGACCUAAAAAUCCAUGAUAAAGAAGAAUUAGCAUUUAAACAUUAUAAAUCUGAAGAGAAGGAUUCAGAUGGUUUAGAAGAAGCAAGAUUGAGAAAGAAAUUAAUUGGUAUUAUGAGUACAUAUGAUUUGUUAGAACACUUUUCUGAUACAGAAGAUCCAAUGUUACUUAAGAAAUAUAAAGCACUUAAUGAUGGUAGCAAUUAUGUUGCUAAGGAUGUGUUUAAAGAUUCAAAAUUGAAUAAGCUUUGGGCUAAAGCUGAAUUAGCUGGCUUUACUUAUGAAGAACUUAACGCAUUAAAAGAAGAGUUUGAACAUCAUCAAGAAAAAGUAGAUGAGUAUAUGAGUUUAUUAAAAGAUAUAGAAGCUGGAGAUUCUGAAGUACAUGAGAAUAGCUUAUUAGAAAAGCCAGACAGCUGGAAUGUGUUAGAAGAGGAAGAACAAUUAUCAAAUAAUAAUGUACCUGGAAAAAAGUUGGAUUAUUUAGGAAAAGCAAAUUUGCUUAGAGAGAAACAUUUAGAGCUUAGAAAUGGUUAUGAUCGUUUGGAUAGAUUAACAGCUAAAGGACCUAAUCAUAAGGAAUUUAUAGAACCAAAAGUGCAAGGACUUUGGAGAGUUGCAUUGGAAGCUAAAUUUCCACCUAAUGAACUUGCUUCUCUUAAGGAAGAACUUUUACAUUAUGAAUCACGAUUACUCAAAUUAAGACAUCUUCAUACAGAAGCAGCUCUGGAAGCUGCACGCAAAGGAAAAUCUUAUGAUUUGGAUAAUUCUACUUCACAACAACAUAUAAAAAAACAUGCUAGGACAGUUCAAAAGCUUCAUAUGGAUCUUGAGGCAAAAAUUAUGCAAAAACAUACCGAGUUAUAAUUUUUAUGAGAUUUUUUAAUAAUUUCUACAAUAUUUGUUUUUAAUAAUUUUUUGAAUAAACAUCAACAAACCUAUAAUAGGUAUAUAAAUAUCCGAUUAAUAGAAGUUUAUAUCUGGUAUAUUGUAAAAUUUUAACUUGUAAUUUAGAUGUAUU